AUGUUUGAAGUAUCUGUUCUUUUCUUGCCCUGUUCAGGUAUUCUCUGUUUGUUUGUAAUCAAACACUGCAAAGACUUUGAUCAUUGACUUAUGGAGAAUAGUGGAACUAGUUCUUUUCCGAGGACUCGAAGAUUGGAGAGCUGCUUCAAUGCAAGCUCUAGACUUAGUGCGAAGGAAACGCCGAAAAUUCCGGCGAAAGAACUGGGAUCGAAGCUAAGGGCCAAUAUGCAUUUGGAUGAAGAGGGAUGGGGCUCAGUAUUACUAUCUUGGCUUAGAGUUGUCAUAUGUUUCGCGACGAUGAUGGUCACGACAUUCGUUUGGGCGUUGAUCAUGCUCGCGCUUAUACCGUGGCCUUAUGAGAGGAUCAGGCAGGGGAACAUAUAUGGACAUGUUACUGGUAGAUUAAUGAUGUGGAUCCUUGGGAAUCCUAUAAAGAUUCAGGGUGCUGAAUUUUCUAAUAAGAGAGCCAUUUAUAUCAGUAACCAUGUAUCUCCUCUCGAUAUUUUCCUAAUAAUGUGGUUGACUCCCACAGGCACUGUUGGCAUUGCCAAGAAGGAGAUCAUUUGGUACCCACUAUUUGGACAACUUUAUGUUUUGGCAAACCACCUUUGCAUAGAUCGCUCCAACCCAACUGCAGCCAUUGAAUCCAUGAAACAGGCAGCCUGUGCAGUAGUGGAAAACAACCUAUCUUUGAUAAUUUUUCCCGAGGGCACCAGGUCCAAAAAUGGGCGGCUACUCCCAUUUAAAAAGGGCUUUGUUCAUUUGGCAUUGCAGUCAGGCCUCCCAAUAGUUCCCAUGGUCUUGACAGGUACCCGUCUAGCGUGGAAGAAGGGCAGCUUAAAUGUUCGACCAGCACCUCUGACAGUAAGGUAUCUUCCUCCGAUAAGUACCAAUGAUUGGACAGCGGACAAGAUCGACGGCUACAUUAAGAUGAUUCAUGACUUGUAUAUCAAACAUCUCCCCGAGUCUCAUAGGCUUCUUGUGGUAGAAGAUCCCAGAAAUGGUUCCAAUUCAUAGUGGAGGUGCAUCAUCCUUUCUGAUCAUUCGAUUCUUAGAAGGAAGUCCCAAUGCAAACUUGCUACAAUAAGCUUGAUUGAAUUGAGUUUGCAAUUAGCAUGAUUGAGUGUCAUAUUUUGUACCACUAAUUCUCUUGCAAUAAGCUUAGUUUGCUCGUCCAAGAUUAAUUAUUGACUAGGUUUUCUUAGCCUUGUAAAAUUGAGUAUGAUCAUCUUCAGUGCAUCGAAGUGAAUACAGAGAUCCUUUUACUCAUGUAUAUAUAUCAGUAUAUGUGCUUGUAUAGUUCAUUCC